CAAGAGAGAGAGAGAGCUUUUGAUUCUUUCUUCUUAGAUAAAGCCAAUCGUUUCUAAUACCCAUUAUAGUCCUAAGCUUUGAUUUGACUCCCACAGGAUUACUACUUAAUUAAUAUUAAUAAAAAAUAAAAUAAUUCACUACACUUACCACAUUGGAAUUCUACAUAAACCCAGCUAAGCUUGAGCUAUACUCGACAUAUGCUUCUCUCUCUCUCUCUUUCUUGAGAACUUGAAGAAGUGAGUUUGAAGAUUGAAGAAAUGGCGGAAAUUCUUACGGAGGAACAGAUUGUUGAGUUUAAAGAAGCCUUCUGCUUGUUCGACAAGGAUGGAGAUGGAUGCAUUACUGCAGAGGAAUUGGCGACGGUGAUUAGGUCUUUGGAUCAAAAUCCAACGGAAGAAGAACUCCAGGACAUGAUUAGCGAAGUGGACGCUGACGGUAAUGGCACUAUUGAAUUUGCUGAAUUCUUGAACUUAAUGGCAAAAAAAAUGAAGGAGACUGAUGCAGAGGAAGAACUUAAAGAGGCAUUCAAAGUGUUUGACAAAGAUCAGAAUGGGUAUAUAUCAGCCAAUGAGCUGAGGCAUGUGAUGAUCAAUUUAGGGGAGAAGCUAACAGAUGAAGAGGUGGAGCAGAUGAUCAAGGAAGCUGAUCUGGACGGUGAUGGUCAAGUUAAUUAUGAUGAAUUUGUUAAAAUGAUGAUGACUGUAGGUUAAUUUUUUUUUUAAAUUAAAAAAUAAAGUUAGUUGAUUCAUUUUCUACAAGAGCGAAGAAAUAAUUUUAGUAUUUUGUAUUUUCUCUUCGUUGUAUUAGUAAUAGUUAGAAUUUUGAAAUUAUUUUGUCAAAAUGACUUGAAAUGUUGCCAGUUUCAAAGUUCGAAUUGUAUUCUUUCAUUUCUUAUCUGAAUAACAAUUGCUUUAUCCAAAA